AUGAAGUUCUCUUCCCCGGCUGAGAUUGCAAUCCCAGACGAAGAUAUUCUGACCUUCCUCUUUUCAAAAACCAAAUUCAAGGAUGAUGAUGUGGUAUGGAUCAAUGGGGAGAAACCACAGUUAAACAUCACCCUUUCUCAGGUGAAAAGGCUCGCUGGCGAAAUAGGCCAAGGACUGAGAAAUCUUGGAGUCGGCGAAGAUGGUACGGGGACCGACAUUGUGCUAUCGUUUGUUGAGAAUCAAAUCUUCAUAGCCCCUGCGUUGUUUGGUGUUCUCUGUGCCGAAGGAAUACAUUCCACCUGCACACCUCUCGCUACGCCUUUUGAACUUGCUCGACAAAUAUCUCUGUCAUGCCCCAAAGUGUUGAUCUGCUCAGCUCAGACCAGAGACAUUGCACAGGCUGUCCUGAGCCGCAACAAGAGUACCUCGACCCCUAUUCUCCUUCAGAUGGAUUCGGAGAAACUGGAUCUGGUGGUCCUUUCGAGCGGAAGGUCGGUUCUUGGCCAAGGAGAGCUUCCUUGGAAGCGGUUGGUGGACCCACUUGUUUUGCAGCGAAGGACAGCAUGUUUGAUCUAUUCGAGUGGUACCACCGGCACACCUAAAGGCGUCGAGCUUUCGCAUGCGAAUAUGGUGGCCAAUCUUUGUCAGAUGGGGCACUACUUUGGACCUCGUGCUGAGAAGAUCCGCCUGGAAGGGAAGACACCAAGAAUGACAGCCUUGCUUCAAAAUUCGGUUUCAGUGGGAGUUCUCACGCACAACAUGAUAGCUGUGCAGCAUGGGAUGCAGGUCGUGAUGAUGGCAAAAUACGAAUUUGAGACGCUCACGAGAUACAGUAGAAAAUACAGUUUGUCGGUCUUCUUUCUGGCACCUUCAAUAUGGAACCGAAUUGCCAACGAAUGGCCCGUCGCAGAUUUCCAGAAUAUCCGAUGGGCAAUGAGUGGAGGUUCGCCAUUGUCGUUGGCGCUUCAAGAACGAGUCAACAAGGCGCUAAAAGCUGGCACUUAUCUCCUGCCGAACUGGGGAAUGACAGAAUUGGUCUGUGGGGCCACUCAGAUAGACCCAGACGUGGGAGAUAAUGAAGGCAGUGUUGGAAAACUGCUUCCACGUAUGGAAGCGAUGGUCGUGGGAGAAGAUGGGCAGAGCCUUCCCAGCGGUCAAUCUGGCGAGCUUGUAGUCAAAGGGCCCAACGUUAUGAGAGGUUAUUAUCGAAACCCCACUGCGACAGAGCAAUCUUUCACUUCGUCUGGGUGGUUUCGCACCGGAGACAAGGCAAUGAUAAGUGCGAAUGGCAAGGUUUUCAUCGAAGGGCGAUACAAGGAACUCAUCAAGUAUAAGGGAAACCAAGUUUCUCCGGUGGAGUUGGAAUCGGUAAUCAGUCAACAUCCAGCUGUCGUCGAUGUUGGCGUGAUAGGAGUUCGGUUACAGGAUGGGAAUGAGCUUCCUCGAGCGUACGUCGUUCAAGGAAGAGGUUCAGACAGCUGCACAGAACAGGAAAUCAUCGACUAUAUCAAGCCUCUUCUGAGCAACUACAAACAGCUGAGAGGCGGAGUUGCCUUCGUGGCUGAGAUCCCGAGAAAUCUCAAUGGGAAGAUCAUGCGGGAUGUUCUCACACAAUGGGCGCAGAGCGAGAGCGCUAGGCUUGGGGAUCUAGAACAUGCGCGGUUGGCGAAGUUAUGA